GACUACAGUUGGAACCUGGAUCCUGCUGUGGCUUGCAGGCCUGGGGGCCAGUUCAGACAGGCCCAUGGAGGCUGGCAGCUCCCGGCCAGAUGCCACUUCCCAGUGGCCGCAAGAUGCUUCCUUCUCAGGAGAAACAGGAUACGGGUGGCCACAAAUUACCAAAAGUAAGGGCAGAGAAAAAAAUUCUUAAAAGUUCUAUGGCAACUGAACUGUAGAGAGAAGACUGAGACCAAAUCUCUGAGAUGAUGAGUCUACUUUACAUCCAGCCUCAUUCAGAGCGAAAAGCUCUCGCAGUGGCUUCAAGGCCCUAAUGACUUACCUCUCGGACUUCGUCUACUCUUGUUUCCCUGCUCGCUGUGCUCCAGAACAGCUCUCGUACCUCUGUCCUAAGGAGUGCCCGCACAUUGUCUUUCAAGCUGUGUCGGGGCCCCUGGCUGCGGCCACCGCUUCCAUCCUCACCAAUCCCAUGGAUGUCAUCCGCACCCGAGUGCAGGUUGAAGGCAAGAGCUCCAUCAUCCUGACCUUCAGACAGCUGAUGGCAGAAGAGGGGCCUUGGGGCCUCAUGAAAGGCCUCUCGGCCAGAAUCAUCUCAGCCACACCCUCCACCAUUGUCAUCGUGGUGGGCUACGAGAGCCUCAAGAAACUCAGCCUCAGACCUGAGCUGGUGGACUCAAGACAUUGGUAACCCGUGGAGGGGAGCGACCCCCGCUGUUUGCCACACUACUCUGGGGUGGGGGCAGCGUGGGGAGGGUAACACCCCCCCCUGUGUCCCCACCACAUCCGAAGCCCUGCCCUAGGCCGGUGACCUGUCUGGGACAGGGCAGAGACUCUGAACUGCUCUUGCUAAAGAGACUCCACACCUGGACCCCCUGCUCCCAUUAUUUUUUAUUUUCUUGCCAAACUGGGCUCCCUCGCUCAGUCUGGGUCCUCAGUCCUAUCCUAAGGAAACCCACCGUCCCCACCAGUUCCACCCCACCCAUCCCCUGCGAACCCUUCUUCUGGCUUCCCCUGCCAUCUGUGUCCCUGAGACCCUGACAAGAGCUGUACAUAGAGCUUGCUUAUUAUCACUGGUCUUCCUCCCGGGCUUUCAGCCCAGGUUCCAUCAGCUACCAUCAGCCCUUUCCUGCUUCAUCUCUCAGGCUUGCUUGUUUUUAUUUUGGGACUGAGCUGCCCACCAGACUGCUCUGCUUUUCCCUGCCACCGGGGGGGAGGGGGGCACGAUGCCAGGUACUUCUGCACAGGGAGUAGGAGCAGAAAAACCUCUGGUUCUCCAGAGCACUCGUCCUCUCUUUGGAGAGUUAUUAGGUCGGGGACAAAUGUUGAUACUCUUAUUUUGUGUGUGUAUUUUUUUAACAUCUGUGAACUAGGUACUGUCAGUCCUGCUGAAGCACCAGUCCUGCAGUCAGAGCCCACCCCUUUCUCAGACAGGUGGAAAAUGUGGCUUUUCCCUCAAUCCCAGUUACUUGUCCCUUCCACGUUCCUUCAGAGCCAGCAGCCCCCGGACGCACAGGCCCGGGAUGACUAGAGGGGCGGGCCCAGUUCUGAGUAGAUGAGGCUGCCUGGGCCUGCUGCCCCCAGGUGGAGAGAACAGCGGCUCCGGAGCAGCCCAGUGAAGCUUGGCCCUGGGCAGUGGGGCCGCCCGCGUCUACACCCCAGUCACUGGGACUCACGGACACACAGGUCUCACAGCGGGAAUCUCCGAGUCGUGGAACCACUGGUGUUUCUCUUUUCUUCAUCCCAGUCACGGGCCUCCGGAGGGAUUCUUGGGAGACAGUAAGGAGCGGGGCAGGAGGUCACCCGCACCAGGACCGCUGCACUUACCAGCCCGACACUGCCCAGCUGAUCUGGUGGCCGCCCAGCACUCCUGCCCCACGGCCCGGCCGCCACCAAGCCUGCGAUGCGGGUGCGGCGCCCCCGGGACAGAAGGCCUGUCAGGCCCUGCACUCGUACUGCACACGUGUGGCUGGAGGAGCCUUCCCGCCUCUCAUCGGUCCCAUCCCUGGGAAAGGCCACGGUGCCAACUUGAAAGGUGCUAGCUACCUGAGGCCUUGACACUUCUUACGGCUGCCCCCCCUUUCCGUCGCUUCUCCACCUUCGCCGCCACCACCGCCCGUCUGGGCCUCGAAUCUUCGAGGGUUAACCCCCUUCACCCACCUUCGGUUUUGUGUCCCCUCUCCUCCUUUGUCAGGUGUCCCCCAGUGUCUGUCCACUAAGGGUCAGCCCCCCCGGGGUGCACAGGUGACUCCGAACCCCCUGCCCCUCCGUCACCCACCUGCCCCAAGAGCCACCAACAGGAUCGAGGCCAGGGCCCCUCCGCUCUCCCCGCGCCUCAGUCCCACACCUCCUCCCUAGAGGCCCGUCUGCGGUCCGCCCCACGCGGGCCGUGUGGUGGCAGGAGGCGGUGUGCUGCCCCGCCAGUCUCAGGAGGGGGGGGUUCGUGCCCUCAGACCGCGCUCCCCGAGCUCCCCGCGCGGCGGGGUGCCGCACCCCCCUCCCGCCCUCUCCACCUCUCCCUCCCUCGCACGGCGCGCUCGCGGUCCGGAACAGGGAGCCCUGGCCCCCGCUCCCCCAUCCAGCACGUCAGGCGCCGGGGUCGGCCAGGGUUAUGCAGCGCCGGGGUGGGGAGCGGACCAAAGGCCACGUCAGCUGGACUUGGGGCUGAGCUGGUCCGUGGCCCGAACUGGACGGAACAUGGGACACCGGGCGGGCGGGCACGCAGGUACAGCUGGCGUUUGGUAGACUGGACUCCUGGGAACAUUAGCGGCGGACAUUCACUGUUGCACUGUACGAAGUCUCUGACGUGUGAGUAAAAGUUUUUAUUGA